CUUUCCUCUCUAUGCGCCACUUGUUCUUCUCUCUUCUCUCCCCCAUGAAACAGGAAAAAGAGAAUGUGGAUGUGACUGGGAGUAGUAAAGAUGGAAGUAACAGUAGUGAGGAUUUUGAUUUUAUUCCGGAAAGCGUCCGGGGAGAUUUCGCUAGAAAUGGAUUUGGAGAUGGCCGAGCUGCAGCCGGGAAAUCGAGUUUUGCCAUCCGUUUCAGAAUCCCCGUCAGCGGCAGGGGAAUCGGGUUUCUAUUGAGCAGCCGGCUAAUAGUCAGCGGGAAAGUGCGAAGUAGCAUUACAAUUCCUUAUUUGAGAGAGAAGAAACUUUGGAAACUUGAGUUGUGGAAAUGGAAGGUCAUGGUUUUGGUUCUAAUAUGUGGAAGUAUGGCUAACACACAGAAUGAAUCAUCAAGACAUGGGAGAGAGGUGGGUAAGAAGAACCCUCUUAGUCUUUGUGGAAGAGAUGGUCAAGAUUUUAACGGAACUGGACAUUCAGUACCGCUUGUAUCCCGUCAACAUCAAUGUCCGGAGUUUGCCAACUCAUGAAGUCAGUUUUUAAUCCUAUCAAUAUCAAGACUAUCCUGGAGACAUGGUUACUGUAUUGAGAGGAUGCUCUUACGCUGGAUAGCUUGGUAUAAUUCGUUCAAUAUUCCAAUCAUCCCAAGUAGCAAUUCAAGUUCUUUCCGGACAUUGCAUAAUUACAGCAAAGGAUCUCCUGUUCCUAUAGCCUGAGUGCGUGUGAAACAAUUUCAUAUAAACUUCUUCUUCUAGAUCACCAUUAAGAAAGGCAUUUUUCACUU